CCUGGCCGGGGCCGGCUGCCCGCUGUGGAUGAGCCACAGGACCUCCUCCAGCUUCAGAGCCGAGAGAAGCUUCCACUCCUCCUCCUCCUCGGCCUCGGCCUCGGCCUCCUCAGCUGCCCGAGCCCUCCCAGCCCAGGACCCACCCAUGGAGAAGGCCUUGAGCAUGUUUUCCGAGGAUUUUGGCAGCUUCAUGCGGCCCCGCUCCGAGCCCCUGACCUUCCCAGCCCUCCCCACAGCCCGCACUGGGGGGCCGGGCAACAUCAAGACACUCGGCGAUGCCUACGAGUUUGCAGUGGACGUGAGCGACUUCUCCCCUGAGGACAUCAUCGUCACCACGUCCAACAACCACAUCGAGGUGCGCGCGGAGAAGCUGGCAGCUGACGGCACGGUCAUGAACACCUUCGCUCACAAAUGCCAGCUGCCCGAGGACGUGGACCCCACUUCCGUGACCUCGGCCCUGAGGGAGGACGGCAGCCUCACCAUCCGGGCGCGGCGACACCCGCACACAGAGCACGUCCAGCAGACCUUCCGGACAGAGAUCAAAAUCUGAGGGCCUCCCUUCCCC